AGAGUACAGAAGAAACCACCGUGUAUAUAUAGAGAUCACUCUGCCCAUUCAAGCCAUGUUUAUCUGAGGUUCAACCAAAACAUUCUAAGUAGAGAAAGGAUGGGCGCACUUGUGAUUUUGUUGCUCACACUUUUGCCUGGGCUGUUUAUAGCUGAUUUGACAGAGAAUUUAGCUCUUCGGGCCAAUGCUGUGCAGUCCUCCACGGGUGACCCAAAAGGAGAUGCACAACAUGCAGUAGAUGGCAACAGAAACACAUAUUACCACCAGAACUCAUGCACUCAUAGUCAAAGUGAGAGUGAUCCCUGGUGGAGAGUGGACCUCACAAAUAACUACAAUAUAACCAAGGUUACUAUCACUCAUCGUGAAGACUGUUGCAAAUGGCGAAUAUUAGAAGCUCAGAUUCGUGUUGGUAACAGCCUGGACAAGAACGGAAAUAACAAUGAGCUGGCUGCAACUGUUGCCACAGAUACUGUCACACAAACGUUUGAGUUUAAGCCUAUUAAUGGGCGAUAUGUCAACAUUUAUCUACCUGGGAACCAAAAGAUCCUCACUCUGUGCGAAGUUGAGGUAUUUGCAGAAAAGGAGAAUUUAAAUCCUACUUGUGUUCCAAGAAAUCUUGCUCUUGGAACCAAAGCUGUCCAAUCAUCCACAUAUAAUGAAAUAGGAGAUGCCCAAAAUGCUAUAGAUGGUAAAAGUAAUUCAAAUUACAUGCUUAGGUCAUGCACUCACACUCAAAUUGAGAAUGAUCCCUGGUGGAGGGUUGACUUGUUGGAGGUCUACAUUGUAACCAAAGUUACCAUCACUAAUCGUGGAGACUGUUGUGAAGAGCGGAUAGAAGGUGCUCAGAUCCGUAUUGGCAACAGUCUGGAAAAUAAUGGCAACAACAAUGAGUUGGCUUCAACAGUUUCGUCCAUCCCACCUGGAGGCACAAAAACAUUUAAGUUUAAGCCUAUUAAGGGGCGAUAUGUCAACAUUUUUCUUUCAGGAGGGAAUAAAAUACUCACUCUGUGUGAGGUUCAGGUAUUUGCAGAUUAAUUUGGACAAGAUGAAGUUACACCUAGUACUGUGAUAAAAGAAGAAAAGACAGAAAAAAAACUUAAGGAAAUGAUUUUCAAAACAUUUAUUUUCAGAUCGUAUUAAGCGUAUAUCAGAUUCCUAUUUUCUGCAUCAAUGUAUUGUCAGUAGACACACCAUCAUGUUGUUCCAAACUUUAAUUGAAAUGUUAUAUUUGGUUUGGAUUACUUACUUUAUGGUAAACUUUUUGUAGCUUGAUCAUCUACAUCUAAGAAUAGCCUGGAUAUUCUGCUAUGUAUCUUUUUUGUGUUUCAUGGAAAAUUGAUUGGGGAUUUUCAAUGCCAUUAAGAUGAGUAGAUGUCAUUUUCUCAGUGAACUUUCCCUUUAAAAUGCACUUUUAAUACUUAAGAGCUGUUUCAGUGAACAUUCAAUAAAUGUUUUAAUCUUUA